GAUCUGCGAGGGACGAUUUGAAAAAAAGUUGGACGCAGUUCUCUCUCUCUCUCUCCCUCUCUACGGACUCGUUUAUUUGUGUUCUCUCUUUUCACCUGUACAGAAUAAAUCGUGUCCAACUUGGGCAACAUUCGACUACCCUUCCUCACACUCCCUUAUCAAGCAGUCUGCCCCUCGCAAUCAUGGCCUCCUCUGAUAGUAAUGAUGAAUUCCCACCUGUCCGAGCGUGCAUCUUCGACAUGGACGGUCUCCUGAUCGACUCGGAGGACGCCUACACCGUCGUCACCAACACCAUCCUCCGCGAGAACGGCCGGCCCGACCUCCCCUGGCACAUCAAGGCCCAACUGCAAGGCCGGCCGGGGCCCGCCGCGGGCAAGAUCUUUCACGAGUGGGCGCAGUUGCCCAUCACCCACGACGAGUUCAUGAAGAGGCAGGUCGAACUGCAGGCCGAGGCCUUCAGGAACUGCAAACCCCUACCGGGCGUGGAGAACCUGCUGCGGCGGCUGCAGGACGCCCGCACCACCUCGCACGGCGCGGCGAGUCCGGCGGCCGGGGGGAACAAGGUCCAGCUGGCCCUGGCCACGAGUUCGCACUCGAGGAACUACGAGAUCAAGACCAAAAGGUUGAGGGACCUGUUCGACGUCUUCCCCGAGAGGCACAAGAUCCUGGGCGACGACCACCGCAUCCCCAAGGGCCGGGGCAAACCCCUACCCGACAUAUACCUCCUGGCCCUCGAGGCCAUCAACGAGACCGUCAUGACCGAGGGGCAAGGGGAGAGGCCCAUCGAGCCCCGCGAGUGUCUGGUGUUUGAAGACAGCGUCCCGGGGGCAGAGGCGGGGAGACGGGCGGGGAUGCGCGUCGUGUGGUGUCCGCACCCGGGUCUGCGUGACGUCUACUCGGGCAGGGAAGAGGAGGUGCUCGCGGGAAGGACGGGGGAGCACAAGGAAGACGAUCUAGAUCACACGCAGGGCAUACCGCUGGCCGGAAGUCCUGGACACGUAGGGGAGAUUGGAGAUGGGUGGGCAGAGAUGUUGGAAUCUCUGGAGGACUUUGACUUUCUGCGGUACGGCAUCAGUUUGUCCGACGCACGAUAUACUUCUGAGAACGGCCAGCCUGCACUGGACGGGACGACUGAUAAAGAGUUGGAAGAAAUGACUGCGCUUGCAGACGGAAAGAAACACGCAAAGGAAGAGCCGUCACCAUCAAAGACACCGGUUCCGCACUUGACAUGAAGAGAAGCUGCUCUGUUUGAUAUAGCCCAAUGGCGCAUGUCCAAAACAAUAGUACGUAUUGUUCUCAAUCGUCAGAUCUGAGCAGUGGUGUCUGUUCCGUAGCGACAGUGUCUCCACUAGCGGCCGCCAUUCUUGAUUGCAAC